ACCAUAAGUGUCAAAGCUUUUACCAAACAAAUUAAUAAUGUCAAGGGAGGGGAUCGUCAAAGUUUGACUUUUGAAUCUGCAACCUCAUCGACGACACCGACACCAAUCCGUAUCCGAUUCUAUAUAAAUGUGACUAAAAUCCCUAAAGAUGAGCAUACAAAUACAUCACAACUACAUAAAUAUAUACAAGAGGGAAGAAAAAUGUCGUCCGAAUGUCCUAGGAAGAACUCGUGGCCGGAGCUUAGGGGGACAAACGGUGACUAUGCGGCGACGGUGAUAGAGAGAGAGAACCCAACCGUCGAUGCUGUCGUGAUUUUGGAUGGGAGUCCGGUGACCGCAGACUUCAGGUGCGACCGGGUCAGGGUUUUUGUUGAUAGACACCGUAUCGUCGUCAAAACCCCUACAUCCGGCUAGACUUGUAUAAUUUAUAUAUGCAUAAAAUAAGAAAGCUAUAGACGAUGCGUGGUUGGUUAGAAAUCAGUCAUGUAAAAUAAUUAUCUUAUGCUAAAUAAUUCCGGUGACCGUUCCCCGAACUUACAUAAAUAAAUGAAUGAAAUUAGUAUCUUACAGUGUUUAAUAUC